AUGAACUUUGUAGCUGAUCAACCACGGCCUUUGGACGACUUUAUCGCCAUAACUGGUCUCAAGAAGACGUACGCAAAGGAGUGUUUUGAUCGCUUUGGUGGUUACGCCCCGGCAUUGGCUUCAUUCGCACAAUCUUACGCUUCGCUUCCAGAUGAAUACUUUGAUGAGAAGGAGAAGACGGUAAAGAACGCUGAUAGUAUUAACAGAGAACUAAAACUUAUUUAUAAGAGGGCAAGAAAUAUAAAGUCUCAUUCUGGAAAAGGGGAUAAGGGUGUCUGGGGCGCAUACUAUAAUCACCAACUCACACCAGAAGCUGGAAAGGAACAGAAAUCAUCAGAUGCUGCUGGUACCAAAGUAGAGACACAGUCAAAGAUCUUUGGAUCGGCCUUCGGUAUUACGAACACUAAUACUAACACUAAUACUAAUGCUAAUACAAAUACCGCUGCGCCAGCGUCAAGUGCGUUUAAUUUCGGAUUUGGCUCCGCACCCCCUGCGGCCUCUUCUUCUUCUCCUUCAACAGGAUUUUCCACCACCAGUCCGUUUUCAUUUGGGGGUUUUGGACAGGCAAAGAAGGAAGAAGUAAUUGAAAAACCAAAGGAAACACAUCAGGAAAGGGAGGUAAAGUAUUGCGAACCUUCACAUUUUACCGGUCCUUUCUUUGAAAUGCCCCUUUUUUGGAAAGAGGAGGUGGAAGAACGUUGUCCUUUGUUAAAUCUUAAUAAAGGUUUUCUUGAGGCAAAUCGUGAUGUUCUGCGCAAGAGGUUAGAGCCCUGGUUAAAGAAGGCUGAAUUCUUUUUGCAACCUGUUCAGUAUGUUGAAAUUGAUAAUGAUGAUGAAGAAACCGUUCGAGUCAUUAUAAAGGAUGCAGAUCGUACCUUUUUUCAUCCUGAUCAUCGCAAAAAAUUUGUAGCUUUUCUUAAUGCCAUGUUUCAUGAAUUUAAAGCUUAUGGACAGGCUAUGAGCUAUUUAGCUGGACUCUGUUUGUUAGUUUUAAAUGAGGAAGAAACAGCGGCGGUGCUUCGUUAUGUUUCUAAGACUUAUAUUCCCGGUCAUUGGGCAGCGGAGGCCGUUGGAUUUGCCUCCACCGCGUGGGUUGUGGAACACUUUAUGAAGGAGUUAUUCCCAGAUGUGGCAGAGCACCUUAAGGAAUUAAAAAUUUGGCCGGACACUUACCUCCAAAAGAUUCUUACUGGUCUCUGUGUACAUGUUCUUGAUUUUAAGGAAUUAUUCAAUUUUCUUGAUCUCUUUAUGGAGGGAGGGAUGAAAUUCCUCAUCAAGUUCUCUCUCGCGGUUGUGGAACACUUCCGCAGUGAUCUUCUUAAAGUUCAAUCCAUGAAUGACAUUAAUGAAGUAUACGAAAUUAUGCGUCUUGACCCAAAGGUUGCCGACACCAGCGAUAUAAGAGAUAUUCUUAAGCGGGCGCCACUCAUUGAUCUUGGCGCAGAAGGUGACUCUAUUGAUAUUGUGCGUUCACGCGUGUAUGAUGCGCACGUGGCCCCACGUCUGCAGAGAGCACCAAAGACAGAGGCAUUUGAACCAUGUGAAGUGUGUAAUAAACGUAAACCAAAGUGGUGGAAUGAUGAUCUUGGUGCGGUAUGCAAUGAGUGCAAGGAGGGAGCACCAGAAUUAACUUAUUCGGUCUACUAA